GAACCUGGACUCUAAACACUUCUCAUUCAUCCCUCUCCGUACAACAAACAUCGCCGCCGCCGUUCGCCGGAGACUCCAUUUCCGCCCUAACAAUCGCAAUGAGCCACGCCGACGUAGACACAUUGAUGUCCGAUUUCCUCCGCAACUCCGGCGGCGUUGCGCUCAUCGACGGCGGCCUUGCGACGGAGCUCGAACGCUACGGCGCCGACCUCAACGAUCCUCUCUGGAGCGCUAAAUGCCUCCUCACUUCUCCUCAUCUUAUUCGACAGGUACACCUUGAUUAUCUUGAAGCUGGUGCGGAUAUAAUAAUCACAGCAUCUUACCAGGCCACAAUUCAAGGGUUUGAGGCUAAAGGCUAUUCUUCAGAAGACGGUGAGUCCAUGCUCAGAAAAAGUGUAGAAAUUGCUUGUGAAGCAAGGGAUUUGUAUCAUCAAAGAUGUCGUGAAUCGUCGGUUGAUUAUACCGGUGAUGGUAGGAUUUUCAAAAAACGUCCUGUUUUAGUUGCUGCAUCUGUAGGGAGUUAUGGGGCUUAUCUUGCUGAUGGUUCUGAAUACAGUGGGGACUAUGGUGAUGCAAUGAAUUUGGAGUUUUUGAAAAGUUUUCACCGUAGAAGGGUUCAAGUUUUAGCUGAAUCUGGUGCUGAUCUGAUAGCAUUCGAAACUAUACCAAAUAAGCUAGAAGCACAGGCGUUUUCUGAGCUUCUUGAAGAAGGCAUAAAUAUUCCCGCAUGGUUUGCAUUUAACUCGAAAGACGGUGUGAAUGUGGUGAGCGGUGAUUCGUUAGCCGAAUGUGCGGCAAUUGCGGAUUCAAGCAAGAAAGUUGUUGCUGUAGGAAUCAACUGUACCCCUCCUAGAUUCAUUGGUGGUCUCAUUUCCACAAUAAAAAAGGUGACAAAUAAACCAAUUCUUAUAUAUCCAAACAGUGGUGAAAGCUAUGAUGCUCAACUAAAACAGUGGGUGCAAAACACUGGAGUUGGAGAAGAGGAUUUUGUUUCAUAUGUGAACACAUGGUGCGAGAUGGGUGCAUCGCUUGUUGGAGGCUGCUGCAGAACUACACCCGACACAAUUAGAGCCAUUCACGGGACUCUUCCCAGCCGAUCCGCUUCUACACCCGUUGUUGAAACUCUUCAAAGUGAGCCGGGACUUGUGAUGAUCAAAACCGCAUAGAGGUUGUUUCAUUUUCAGGUUUACCAUGUGCCAAUUUGGCAUUAAAACCUCAUAAAGUUAUUGUAAAAGACGUUUGAAUAACAUACAUUGAGGUGUUAACUUAUAUGUUACUUUUUAACUCCGUCAUUACGCGGUGCAAGCUGCGUUUUACAUAAUCCUAUUGGUUAGUCGAUAUGGGUUAUUGUUUUGGGGUUCUAAUGGUUAUAAAAAAAAAAAAACUUGUAUGUUA